AUGUUCCAUGUGAACUUCAGCGGCGGUCUGGUCGAGAUCGCGGCUCUGACUGCUGUGAUCGGGGGCUCGACUGCUGAAUUGAUUGCUCUAGGGAAUCGCGGCGCUUGCGGUUUGCCAUGGGCGGCUUUGAGCUCCUUUGGGUCGAUCUUCAUCGUCAAAGCAUGCAUAUCCGCCUGCACACCAGGAUGGCUUCGAGAUACCGUUGGUGUGAGAACCAGUGGCUCUGAUAAGGCUAUUGGGUGUUGCAUGAGUCUGAGUAGGAAGGCAAACAGUCGCGUAGUCACUGGCAGUGCUGUUGGAGUGACGGUGAAAUGGACCAAGACCAGCGAAGGUUCUACUUUGAUAACCGCUGGGAGCGAAGAUUUCGAAGAUGUUUACGCUUUCGAUGAAUGGACGGCCGGCCCGUUGCGAUCUUGUGCAGUAAUGCAACCUGGGGAGCAUCUACAAGCUCACGUCUACAUGCGAGAUCAUUACUGGGAGAUUGUACAACGCUCACAGACCAGAAACGACUGGAUUAUUACGUUUGCAACCUUGCUGAAGGUCGUAGAGAUGUAUCUGCUCUACCACUUCGGCUCUCGACGCGUCUUCCUGGUUACUGGAGUCAUCUGGGCGUACACCUUCUUCUCGGCGAUCGCGUUGCAGUUGUUUCACGUCGGAAGAGCUACAACACCUGGCGAGCAGUCAAGACAUUUUGAUGUCGUCUCUGGGUCGCUGCCUACACCGCAAGUGAUUGGGGGAGAGCGCAGGAUUCUCCUCGGGGUACCUGUCAACCUUCGCAGAGGUCGCGCGUGGCAGAUAUUCUGGAUUAUAGGCGCCGCCGUUUGCAUUACUUCCCUUCUCGGCACAUACGCCGUUCUUUCGAAUGAGCCGGCCGUUUGUUUCCGGAUCUGGCUUGGUUUCCAGGUCAUCUGGCUUGCGCUUCGAUCGAUCUUCUUUCACUUCGCACAGCAGGUAGACGACAUGAAACACAUCAUUACACCGAACAUAACGGACGAGAACCGGCCACCCGAGUUAAGUUUGCGGCUACUCGGACUGGCGGUUGGAGUGUCGAAGCACCAAAUUCUGAACCACCCCCGCGGCGUGCUUAGCUAUGCAAACGACGCACAAGAUCCCGUGAUUAUUGGGAGGCUCUUGAGCGACGCCAAUUUGGAGUACACAGACUACUUCGAGCUUCCAACGCGUGCAGAUUCAGGAUCGGAGCUGGGCGUCACUGUGGUCGGCGUCAUUGGUGACACUUUACUCUCAAGUGUCGCAUGGCUCAUGGGCUCGCCUCUGGCCGGAAUGGAUCUUUACGAUUCAUGUAUUUUGGCUGUCCGUGUCUCUGGCGCGAUACAACUGAUACCGUCGUGUCGCGUGCUCUCCGGUCGCAUCGCCGACGAACAAGUCCCGGACCCCGAGACGACGUUGCCUUCCAACUUCCGACCCAAAGGCGCAGCGAACGAGGGUUACAACAUUAGCUGGCGGUACUGGAUACCAUGCGGCGGGAAGAUGUGGUUGUGGUACAGCACACCGUGGGCGACUACCACAAAGGUCGACUUGGGUAUCACGGGUACGAAGAAGAUGACAGUCACAACAGGAGAUGACAUCACCAAAGAGCUCUUGUCCGGGACGUUGCAGAUCAGUAUGAGCGAUGUACAAGCCGUUGAAGAUGCUAUCGCGCAGUCUGCGAGGGCGGGUACAAUUCUGCAAAAUAUGUUAAGAGAAGAUUUCACACGAUUCGAGAAGAGCGCAGAAUCGUAG